GGCUUUGGUCUCCUGUAUGAUGAUGUCAGUGCAAGGACUUUGGCUAUAUUUUGACUUAUCCCUGCUGUUAAAUCCAGGUACAUCAGCAUCCGAGAAAGGAAGAAGACUAAAGGCAGCAUCCUCCCCAGACAGUUCUAUUCUAGGCUUCUGUCUGUCUUACAUCCACUCUGGGAGUGGUGCCUGUAUAGAAUGACGUCAAAAGGUGCUGGAACUUCUUUCUCGAGGAAGAACUACAGGCUGAGCACCGAGCCAGAGAAGUCCAAGGUUACAGGGAUCGUGAACAGUAGGCUGCUGAAUGAUUACCUGCAUUGUGUCUUUACCAGUGCUGAUGGGAACCAGCCUGCAGCUGCUUACAGAAAACACCUGACGUUCCAGAACCUGCAGGAGCACCUUGACUGGUUGCUAGCAGAGAAGAGUGGCUCUGAAGACAGUCGAGAUCAGGUAGCAGAGGGCCGGCUUGGUCCAUCUACUGUGGUGUUGGACCACACAAGUGGUUUUGAGGGGCUUCUGCUGGUGGAUGAUGACUUACUUGGGGUGAUUGGCCACAGUAAUUUUGGGUCCAUCAGGGCCACGACGUGCGUGUAUAAAGGGAAAUGGAUUUACGAGGUGCUCAUCUCCUCCCAGGGACUCAUGCAGAUUGGCUGGUGUACUCUCAACUGCAAAUUUAAUCAGGAGGAAGGAGUUGGAGAUACACCAGAUUCAUAUGCAUAUGAUGGAAACAGGGUGCGCAAGUGGAACGUGACUACUACCAACUAUGGCAAAUCUUGGGCAGCAGGAGACAUCGUCAGCUGUCUGAUAGACCUUGAUGAGGGCACCAUUGCUUUCUGCUUGAAUGGCAUGUCUCUGGGGACUGCUUUUGAUAACAUCACGAGGGGUGCUGGAAUGGCUUACUUCCCUGCCAUCAGUCUCUCAUUCAAAGAAUCCGUGGCUUUUAACUUUGGAAGCCGUCCACUCCGUUAUCCAGUGGAAGGUUACUGCCCUUUGCAAGAUCCUCCUGCUGCAGAUCUAGUGAAGGCUCACAAGCUGCUAGGCUACUUGAAGAAUGUGAUCCAUAUUGGAAUAGAUGUGACAGAGGGGAAGCUGGUUGAAAAGGACACAUCCAUGUGGCAGCUGCAAGGAGAACCCACAGUGUUGAUUACAUUAGCCCACAUAUUCAAUUAUUUCUCCCCUCUUCUGUGCAAGGUGUAUCUGGUGGAAGAUGUGCUCAUGACCUUCCUGUUGAGCAUCCUUGAGCGAGGAGGGGCAGUGGAGUCCCAUCCCCUUAUUCAGCAGCUGCUGGAUCUCAUGUGGCUUCUUAUGGAGGAGUAUGAAGUGCACGAGUGCCUCAAGCAGCUACUGAUGUCCCUGCUGCGGGCUUACAGGUUCUCCCCCAUCAUCCCAGACCUGGGAUUACAAAUUCACUACCUCCGGCUCACCAUAGCAGUCUUGAAGCAUGAGAAAUCCAGAAAAUACUUACUCAGCAAUGUUCUCUUUGAUGUGCUCCGUUCUGUUGUAUUCUUCUACAUUAAGAGCCCGCUGCGUGUGGAGGAGGCUGGUUUGCAGGAGCUCAUUCCAACCACAUGGUGGCCAAACCGCUUCACCAAGGAGGGCAAGGAGAAUAAGGAGGUGAAGGAGGAAAGUGCUGAGGAGAGACUGAGGCGGCGGGCAUAUGAGAGAGGCUGCCAGAGGCUGAAGAAACGCAUUGAAGUGGUGGAAGGUCUCCAGGUUCAGAUUCUGAAGCUGCUGCUGAACAACAAGGACAGAGGAGGGGGGGAAGCCUCCAGAUACAUCUUCCUAAACAAAUUCCGCAAGUUUCUUCAGGAAAAUGCUAGCAAUAGAGGGAAUUUGACUGUGUUGUGCCCGCCAGAGUACAUGGUGUGCUUCCUGCACCGCCUUAUUGCUGCCCUGCGUUUCUUCUGGGAUGGCCACAAGGCGAAAAGCCCAGCCACAGUGAGCAGUGAAGAGGCAUAUGUCCCUCCUCAACUGUUCUAUAAUGGCAAGGUGGAUUAUUUUGACCUUCAGCGACUUGGAGGACUCCUGUCUCAUCUUAAGAAGACUCUGAAAGAUGACCUGGCUGCAAAAGCCAAUGUGCUCAUUGACCCUGCGGAGCUGCAGGCAGUGACUAUGGAUGAUCUCGAUGAAGAUGAGGAAUCAGCAACAUCAGCAGCACAAUCCCAGCGUCCCUCUGCUGCCCUCGCCAUUGGAGGAGCUCUUGCCAGACCUGGCUGGCUCAGCUCCCCCACUUUAGGCCGUGCCAACCGCUUCCUCAGCACAGCAGCCGUCAGCCUGAUGAACCCACGGCGGCCUCUUGGAGCUCUGGAGAAGAUUAAAGUGCGCACCCUAAGUGUGGAGCAGCGGACGGAGGAGGACAUUGAAGGCAGCCAUGGAAACGAGGGUCUCUUACUGGGCAAACCCCCAGAGGAGCCAGAUCAGCCCAUCACAGAGAACUCUCUCCUAGAAGUCCUGGAUGGGAUCAUCAUGAUGUACAACCUCAGUGUCCACCAGCAGCUUGGGAAGCUUCCAUGGGGGAUCUGGCUGCAUGCUUAUAUGUCUAGGACAAAAUUCCCUCAUUUGAGGUUGAAAUCUGCUGUUUUUCAGAUGGUUGGUGUGUCAGAUGAUGUGAAUGAAUAUGCCAUGGCACUGAAAGACACAGAGGAAAAAAUCAGCCGCUGCCCAAAGAGGAGGAGAGACAUCCAUGAGGAACUGCUGAAGAGCCAAAAGGUUUUCUCUGAGAAGCUCAAUCACCUAAGCCGACGCCUUGCUUGGAUAAACGUCACCAUUUAUUCAAAGGAAAAGAUGCAGGAUAUAUAUUGGCUGCUGCGAGUGUGCAUCCGCACCAUCGAGCAUGGGGACAGGAUAGGCUCGCUUUUCGCUUUCAUGCCGGAGUUCUACCUCAGUGUGGCUAUGAACAGCUACAGUGCACUCAAGAACUACUUUAGCCCUGUAAACAGCAUGGAGGAGCUUCCAGGCUAUGAGGAGACCCUGAUGCGCCUUGCUGCCAUCCUGGCCAAGCAUUUUGCUGACUCAAGGAUUGUGGGCACAGACAUCCGUGACUCCCUGAUGCAGGCGUUGGCCAGCUACGUCUGCUACCCCCACUCACUGCGUGCUGUAGAGAGGAUCCCAGAAGAGCAGCGGAUCUCAAUGAUGAAGAACCUCCUGGCUCCCUAUGAGCAGCGACCCUGGGCACAGACCAACUGGAUCCUUGUCAGGCUGUGGCGGGGCUGUGGCUUUGGGUACAGAUAUACAAGGCUCCCACACCUGCUGAAAACGAAGCCUGAGGAUGCCAGCCUCCCCAGCCUGCAGAAGCCAUGUCCCUCCACCUUGCUGCAGCGGCACAUGGCAGAUCUGCUCAGCAGUGACCGUGACCUGGCCCCCAGCUUCCUCAACAGUGUCCUCAACCAGCUGAACUGGGCUUUCUCUGAGUUCAUCGGCAUGAUUCAGGAGAUCCAGCAGGCAGCAGAGCGCUUGGAGAGGAACUUUGUGGACAGCCGGCAGCUGAAAGUGUGUGCUACCUGCUUUGACCUGUCAGUGAGCUUGCUCAGGGUGCUGGAGAUGACUGUCACACUGGCACCAGAGAUCUUCCUUGACUGGAAUCGACCAUCAUCAGAACUGCUGCUUCGGAGGCUUGCCCAGCUCUUGAACCAGGUGCUGAACCGUGUGACAGCUGAAAGGAACUUGUUUGACAGAGUGGUCAAUCUCCGUCUGCCAGGGCUGGAGAGCGUGGACCAUUACCCAAUCCUUGUGGCUGUGACGGGGAUACUGGUCCGGCUGCUUGUGGACACUGAUGCUCAGGGGGUCGAGCGUGCAACGGCGGUGCUGCUGGCGGACCCCUGUUUCCAGCUGCGCUCCAUCCAGUACCUGCUGGGCCACGCUGAGCCCUCAGCCCUGGCAGCCACCGCCCCGGCCACUGAGAAGCGUCAUUUCUCCCUGCACACCUACACAGAUUACAUCAGUACUGAGGAGUUGGUGAAGGUGGACAAGAUGCUGAAUCACCUAAGCGAGGAGUCCAAGCAGGCAGCUGCCACCACACUGCCCACCAGUGAGGAAGAUCUCUGCCCCAUCUGCUACGCACACCCCAUCUCAGCCAUCUUCAGACCCUGUUCCCACAAGUCUUGCAAAGCCUGCAUCAACCAGCACCUGAUGAACAACAAGGACUGCUUCUUCUGCAAGGCCACCAUCACAGGGGUGGAUGACUUUAUCAAGCCAGCCAGCUCGUAGAGCCCAGCCCCACACCACGGGUUCCCCGCCACACACCAGCUUCUCCCCAAAUAUUCAUGCUGCCCAGACCAGGGGGGCUGCAGCUGGUGGUGGGGGGUGCAGCAUCCCACUGCUCAGCAUCUGGACCAUAGCAGCCCCCUUGCCCCAUGGGCCGUUCUCAGGGAGGGGACCCCAAGGCCUCAGCUCUGUGGCAGCACUGGGAACACACCGCAGUCCCAGGCCAGGGCAGGGGGCCGGGCUGGGUGUUCGGGCUGUUACCUUGCCCCUGGCUGGGGCCUGAUUUCAUGAAAUGCAGCAUUAAAUUAUUCUUCCUUA